AUGGCAACUGAAACCGUUCAAAUCCCACAGAAGCACAAGGCUGCCAUUUACGAUGAGCCAGGAAAGGUCUCGACCAAGGUUGUCGAACUUGACGUGCCUGAGCCGGGCGACGGCCAGGUGCUGAUCAACUUGACGCACUCUGGUGUAUGCCACUCUGACUUUGGGGUCAUGACUAAUACUUGGAGGACGCUUCCUUAUCCUACACAGCCCGGCCAAGUUGGCGGCCACGAAGGUGUAGGGCGAGUCGUCAAGCUCGGCCCCGGGGCAGAAACAUCAGGUCUCAAGAUCGGUGACAGAGUUGGCAUCAAAUGGGUCUCCAGCGCCUGUACCAGCUGCCAGGCGUGCUUCGCCGGCGCCGACGGAUGUUGCUUUAACCAGAAAAUCUCUGGAUACUACACGCCGGGCACGUUCCAGCAGUAUACUCUCGGCCCAGCCAACUAUGUGACGCCUAUUCCGGAUGCCCUCUCCUCGGAGGAAGCCGCGCCAAUGUUGUGUGCUGGCGUCACUAUGUUGUCUGCUCUCAACCGCAGCAAAGCCCUCCCGGGACAAUGGGUGGCCAUUUCCGGCAUCGGUGGCCUAGGCCAUCUCGCUGUUCAGUUGGCGAGCAGAGGCAUGGGAUUUCGAGUGAUUGCAAUCGACCAUGGUAGCAAGGAAGACUUGGCUAAGCAAUCUGGAGCCGAGCACUUUAUCGACUUUACCAAAUUCAACACCGACAGUAUGGCACAGCACGUCAAUGACCUCACCGGCGGGCUGGGCGCCCACGCGGUCGUUGUAUGCACGGCCGCAAAUGCCGCGUAUGCGCAAGCAGUCCAGCUUCUCCGGUUCAAUGGAACUUUGGUGUGCGUGGGCAUUCCCGAGGGCGAUUUCGUUGCCGUCGCCGGAGCAGCACCAGGGAUCCUGAUCGCCAAGCAGCUGACCAUCACCGGGUCAGCAGUUGGAAACCGGCAGGAGGCGAUGCAGACGCUGGAGUUUGCGGCGCGCGGGAUCAUCAAGACCCAUCAUCAGGUAGAGAAGCUGGAGAACUUGACCGGGGUGUUUGAGCGGAUGGAGAAGGGCGAGCUGCAGGGGCGGGUAGUGCUCGACCUGUCCUGA